AUGAAAGGACAGAGUAUCGUCACUGAUCCCAAGAAAAUCCUCGAUGCAACCAAGAAGAAAUCGAACCAGGAUAGUCAGUGUGAAUUGUUUCAUGAACACCUUACAGAGGCCCUGAGAGAAAUUUGGACAGAUUUUGAUGAUUGGCACACUGUUGAUUGGCCUCAACACGGAAUUCGCUUCAUUGGACGGAUAUCAGCAUCCGUCUUUGUCGGCCUUCGACUAGCUUAUGAUGCUGAAUGGCAGGGGCUGAUUCUCACGUCUACUUGA